AUGCUGCCGACAGUGGAGGAGAGUCGAGGCUACGACUUCCAGGACCCGGAAAAUUCAGAGAAGUGGCGAGGACUGUUCGUCAACUCGCUACGCAAGGUCUUGGAGACGGUGCAUCCAACACUAACAGCAGAAGAGAGUGCGCUUGAAUAUGUUGAGUCACUCUGUCUCCGUUUGCUGGCAAUGCUCUGUGCUGUCCCUUCUCCACUUACUGUCCAGGAUGUCGAAGAACGGGUGGCGCGAACAUUCCCCACGCCUUUGGACAAGUGGGCGUUGGCGGACGCCCGUGAGGCAGCAACGAGCCGUCGUCGGCGACUGCUUCUGCCCCUCGACAAGUUGCACCAACUCCUGCAAAAGGAGGUGUUGCUGUACAAGAUCGACACAUCAGUAUCGGUAUUCAUGACAGCGGUGCUCGAGUAUGUUAGCGGGGACAUCCUGAAGUUGGCCGGAACGUUCGUGAAGAAGAUCUCACAGAAGUCCGGCUACCAGACCAUAACUUGCAGUGACAUUAAGACAGCGAUGUGUGCGGACAAGGUGCUGAUGGACAUGUUCUACCAAGAGCCGGAGCUGCUGGCGGCCGGGGCGGCGGGCGAGAGGCGCGGGCGGCGGGGCUCGCUCACGUACGGCGAGCUGGUGCGAGAUCUGCUAGCGGACGAGCGCCACUUCCUCCGCGACCUGCACCUCAUCAUACGCGUGUUCAAGGACGAGCUGGAGAAGAUCCUCGAGAGGGACAGCCGCGCAAUAUCAUUGAUAUUCGGGAACAUUGUGGACAUUUACGAACUGACUGUGACCCUGCUCGGCAACCUGGAGGAUGCAAUGGAAAUGUCUCAGGACUCACCUACACCGUACAUAGGCAGUUGUUUUGAAGAGCUAGCAGAAGUGGAGGAGUUCCGCGCAUAUGUCCGAUACGCGAACAUCGUGACACGAAAGGAGUCACGAGAAGCUCUGCAGAAUAUUGUCGACGAUCCUGUUUUGUCGGAGAGGUUGGACACAGCUGGUCACGGAUUCAGGUUGGCGGUCAAGUACUACCUGCCCAAGUUGCUAUUGGCGCCUGUGGCCCACGUGUUCCUCUACCACAAUUACGUGUUGGCUCUCCUGCAAAUCGCACCCGCCUCUGAAGACCGUGAAAGCUUUAAACAGGUUGAGUGCAACCUUCAUCCCAUAAAGAAAUUGUUAAUGAAAGCACUUGGAAAUGGACCAAAAAUGGAGGCAACAUUACGCACGGCCGCGAGAGCGAGACGGCAACUGGCCAUAGAGAAGUGCAACGAGCUGGCGAGGCUGGUCGACAAUUGGGACAACAGAGACGUUGGCCAGUGGUGUAAUGAGUUCAUUCGGGAGGACACGCUUUCAAAAAUUGGACCGGGUAAAAGGAUAGCAGAACGCAGGGCGUAUCUCUUCGAUGGCUUACUACUGCUCUGUAAGCCUAUAGCGAGUUUGGUGGCAGUGAACAGCAGUGGCCUAACAGCCGGCGGUAGCGGCGGGCAGCAGUUGAAGCUCAAGGAGAAACUACACGUUCGGAAACUGGAACUGGUCGAUAGACCCGAUACUGAUGAGGGCCGUCACAUGGUGGAGCUGUGCCCACGCGUGGGCCCACCCGUGCUGCUGGCGGCCGCCUCCUGCGCGGAGAAGCGCAACUGGAUGUGCGACCUCGUCAUGCUCAACACCAAACCCAUGCUGGACCGCAGCUUGGACAGCAUCCUGCUGGACCUGGAGAGGCGGCACCCUUUGAAACUGCCACCAGUGCACCUGUACCGGUUCGCCGUACCAGACUCACCGGACAACAUCGUACUGGAGGAACGAGCCUCGCCCAACACCUCACCCGUACCGCUGAUCAAGGGGGCAACACUUCUUAAACUAGUGGAGAGACUAACUUAUCACAUCUAUGCGGAUUUGAACCUGGUGCGCACCUUCCUCACCACCUACCGCUCGUUCUGCUCCCCCAGCGAGCUGUUGGAUCUGUUGAUAGAGCGAUUUCUCAUACCGGAACCCAGCGAGGUGUAUGAUGCACCAAGAACAGUCUCAAGGACCAAGCCUCUGAAAAAAGACAUUAGUCCUAACUCAUCUUUGCUGGACCUUGAAAUUGACUGUGUGGAGAGCACGGCGAGCAGUGACGCAGAGAAGUUGAGCAAGAACACGGCGAGGGAAGAUUGGAAGAGGUACAGAAAAGAGUUUCAGCAGCCGGUAAAGUUCAGGGUGAUAAACGUGCUGAGACAUUGGGUCGACCAGCACUUCUACGACUUCGAACGCGAACCUGCACUGCUGGAGAGGUUGCGGGAGUUUUUGGAGUCCGUAGACGGAAAGCCCAUGAGGAAAUGGGUGCAGAGCGUUCUCAAAACGGUUCAGAGAAAGAGCGGGCAGAGCGAGCUGGAGGCGGGCGGCGGCGUGGCGCACGUGUUCGACCGCGCGCCGCCGGCGGUGCUGCGCCACGUGGCCGAGCCCGAGCGCCACGCGUGGCACCCGCUCGCCCUGCACCCGCUCGAGUUGGCGCGCCAGCUCACGCUGCUCGAGUUCCAGCUGUACCGACAGGUGAAACCAUCAGAGCUUGUCGGCGCGGUUUGGACCAAAAAAGACAAGGACAAAACUAGCCCAAACCUGCUUCGCAUAAUAAAACAUACAACCAAUUUCACCAGAUGGAUGGAGAAGUGGAUAGUCGAGAGCGAGAACCUGGAGGAGAGGGCAGCAGUGGUGUGCCGGUUCCUCGAGCUGGCGAUAGCGCUUCGCGACCUCAACAACUUCAACGGCGUGCUGGCGGUGGCGGCCGCCUGUGGCAGCGCUUCGGUCCAUCGGCUGAGGGCCACCUUCCAGAUGGUGCCUCUAAGGCUUAUACGCGCACUGGAUGAGUUUCGGGAACUGAACUCGGACCAUUUCCGAAGAUACCAGGAACGGUUGCGGAGCAUAAACCCGCCCUGCGUGCCCUUCUUCGGCAUGUACCUUACCAACAUACUGCACAUUGAAGAGGGAAAUCUCGAUUUUCUUCAGAAUUCGGAACUGAUAAACUUCUCAAAGCGUCGCAAAGUUGCGGAGAUAACGGGCGAGAUUCAACAGUACCAAAAUCAACCCUACUGCCUCACGAUAGAGCCUAGGACGAGGGCAUUUCUAGAAUCACUGGACCCUUUUCCGGGUAUGGAUGACAAGGACGUGACGAACUACCUCUACGCCAAAAGCUUGGAAAUCGAACCUCGACCACCUGUGAAGCAAAUGCCUAAAUUUCCGCGCCGCUAUCCGGAACUGUCCCUGAAGCCGGUGAAGGUUUCGCGGAGGUCCCACGACGCUGGUCACCACUCCGCCUCCAGCGCGUCCAGCACCGACGACAACCUCAGUGUAUCGCAGCUCUCGCCUACGGGCGGGGGAGCGUGGGACGGCGCCUCAGUUGCCUCUCUACAACUGCACCACGACGACAAAGGUUCCCGUAGCGAAGAGCGCGGCUCGCUGACCAGCCCGCGCCUGGAGCGGUGCUCGAGCAGCUCUCUGGGCCAACUGGGCCAGCUCAGCCUCUUCGACAAGGGCCUGGCGCUCUUCGACAAGAGCAAGUCCACGGUCGUCCUGAACGCCAGGAGCAGUGGCCGGGACGAGCCGCCUUCGCCUCGCGACAAUCAUUCUCCGAGACAUGAUCGGAGCAACUCGUCGACGCUGAGCCGACGCACGCCCGCCCUGUCUCCCCGCAGCGCGAUAGUAGACGCGGAGGUGUUCUACUCGCGGAGCGCGGACCACCUCGGCUGCAGGCGGCAGGAGCAGGAGCGGGUACCGCCACUGUUGCCACGCGCCGAGCCCGACAAGCCGCCACUGCUGCCACGACGACCCGCUUCGCCGCCCGCGCACAGCGCAACCUGCGAACCACCGCCGGAGCCGCCGGACAGACCGCUGCCCAGUCCGAAGCACCACGACUUGUUCAGGACGCCGGCGAUGUCGCCGAAACGCUCCCCCGCCCCCGCGCCCCCCGCCAGCCCUCUGGCGCAGUGCAGCAACCCCGAACAGAGGGCUGCUGCGUUCAGCUUUCCGUCGGCAGUUUCCCCUUCAGCAUCACACCAUUCGACGGAGGGGUGCGGGGCGUCGCCGCCGCUUCCACCGCCUUUGCCGCCGAGGCGCCGCCGCGACUCCACCGCUCCUCCCACUCCCCUCCAUCAGACGACGUGGAGCGAGUCGGGCAACGCGAGCGGCGGCGGGUCUCCGGCGGGCGGGACGCUGGCGGCGGGCGCGCCAGGGGCGCCGCCCCCGCUGCCGCCGCGGCCCGCGCCCGCCCCGGAGCUGCUGCGGCCCGCGCACUCGGCGCUCCUGCAGCGGCGCCACCACACCGCGGCCCUGGCACCGCGGUUGCCGCCUAAGCCGCCGCCAGCCGCCGUGGCGCCGCGCACC